CAUUUUUAGACUUGACUUCAGCAAAACUUCUGCAUAUUUAAAGCGGCGGUGCGGGGUCUCGGAGCUGAUUCGUAACUUUCCGGACAAAAUGAGCACCAAGGGACAUUAAACCAGGAGGCAGGAGGAUGUCUGUAGAGGUGGACUUGUUGCUGCAGGAGGCCAAGGAAAGCAUUGAGGCGGCUCAGAACUACCGCAGUGAACUCCAGCAGCGCCUGCAUGGCCUGAAUCAGGCCCGUAAACAGAUCCGAGGCAGCUCCGGUCAGGCCCGCGAGGCUCUGCGCAGACACUUUGCAGAGCUGCAGGCUGCAGCGAGCCGGUUGCUGGCGGAGCGACAGGCCAGCCUGCUGGCUGAGGUGGACACCAUAGAAGCUGGCAGCAUCAAGCCUCUGGACGACUGUCAGAGUCUCAUUGAACACGGCGUGGGGCAGGCGGACGAGCUGCUGAGAGAAGGAGAAGCAGCGCUGCGUUGUGGUCUGGGAGAGAAGGAGGAGAAGCUGGGUAGUUUCACCAAGAAGGCCGUGCACAUCCAGCUGGACAGCCUGCCAGAGGUUCCAGCGUUGGUGGACGUCCCGUGUGUUUCAGCCCAGCUCGAUGACUCCCUGCUGAGUCUGCUGAGGGAACGGGUUUCCCGUCACGGUUCUGUUUCCUCCCACCCGCCUGUCCUGAUAGAGGAGCUGCAGGAGAGACCUGGCGGCAUCCUAGUCCGCUGGUGCAAGGUGGACGAGGACUUUGCAGCAGCAGAUUACCGGGUACAGUACCGACGAUCAGGCAGCGGAGGGAGCCAGUAUGAAGAUGCCUACAUUGGGUGGGACUGCGAGUUCUUGGUUCUCCAUCUGGAUCCACACGUCGAUUAUCUGUUUAGGGUCUGCGCUCGCGGGGAGGGUCGCACUGAGUGGAGCCCCUGGAGCGUCCCACAGACGGGUUACACCACGCUGGCGCCACACGAGUGGCGUCCUGGGACUGAGGGUUUCAUCCUGAGCAGCAGGAAGAACAUCGCUCUGCGUAACGACUCCUGCCAGAACCGCUGCCCCGUCCUCUACUCCAACGCUCCCACUUACUUCUGUGGCCAGACGCUGACCUUCAGGAUCACUGCUUUGGGUCUGAUGGACCGUCGGGACAGUCUGGGGGUGUGCAUCAACACCCUGCAGGGGGAGGAGUCACUUCAGAGAGACCAGGCUGUGUGCAUCUCCACCAACGGAGCUGUUUUUGUCAACGGUAAAGAGAUGACCAACCAACUGCCCGCCAUCACCGUAGGCUCCUCUGUGACCUUCGACAUGGAGGUGGUGAACCUGUUCCCCAUCAGCAACAACAACCUGAGCGAGGGGGGGAACUUCAAGCUGAGGGUGACGAUUGGCUCUGGGAACCGGGAGGUGGUGUCCGACUGGCUGGUGGACCAGGCCGUGGACUGCCUCUACUUCGGCUGCUCCUUUGCCCACUCCGGCUGGAAAGUUCUCGUGUUUUAGAGGUUGGGAGCAUCCCUUCUGCACCGUUAUCCUGGGCUGAAAUGUUUCCUCUUGGUUUUUCUUCCUCUCACUUUAGAGGCACUUUCAGAGUGGCUGCAAAGUCUGAGACGAAAGCAGGGAAAAUCUGUCAUUUCUCCCCAGAAAUCGUGAAUAUCAGAGAGUCUCUGGGAAGAAACGAGGAUCCUCCUGGUGAACCCGGACUCUCGUCUUCAGUCUUAAGAGAGAAUUGUCUUUACAGAGUUAGCCACUGUUUACAUUUUUGUCUCUUUUGCCAUUGGAAACUCGUAUUUGUCAAUCGUUUUGUCCGUUUGGGAGGAAGAACAAAGUGAAACUUGCUGACUCUCUUAUGAAAAUCCUGACUGUGAAAGCCUCGCUGCUUCCCUUCCCGAAUGUUAUGGAGAUGGUUGUUCCACAGCACAUUUCUGAUUCCCGUUAACCUGCUCUGACAAUCACGUGCUUUUAUUUUCACCCCAGCUUCCUCUCGGGUUGCUUGUUUCUAGGUUUGAGUGUUCAUACAGAAAACGUGUGUUUGGGUUCGGUCUAAAGAGACAAAGAAUAGUUGCUUCCACUAAUGUUUAGCGCUUCUUUUAUCUUCCAUCAGCUGAGUUUCUUUACCUUAAAUGUGACUGGCUGGAUUUCUGACUGGUUUAAGGCUAAAACGGCACCCAGGCUCAACAGCAGAAACGUCUUUUCUGUCUCGUGUGUUUUAUUCAAACCUCAAAUAUGUCGUUUUAUUUCACCUCAUCUGCAAAAAACAACGCAUCCAUAUUUCCUUCAAAAUGCAAAAAAUUAUCUGCGAUCUGAACUUGUGGGGCAGAAAGUAUCCAGCUGACUUUUUGGUUUUCACCGAUCAGACAGACACUCUGGAGGUUUUAACUUCUACAGAGGCAAUCCUGACGGUAUUCACAAACCCAGCUGUGAGUGGACGAGGAGCGGCUGGACUUUUACUCAUUACGUUAUAGUUUUUCAGAGACGAAAUUAUUGAAAGCGUUUCAUUUUCAGCAGGAAGUUUGUAUUUGGUUUGUAGUUAAGAAGAACUGAAAGUUCCUGUUUCUGUUUCCUGCAGCAGGUUGACUUUUUACUCUUGUUCUAUUUAUUUGGUUUUAAUAACUUCAUUUGGUCUCUUCCUGUUCUCAGGUAAUACUUUUAGACUGUUUUCUCUCUGUUGGGAUUUCAUAGCCUUAAAAUAUUAAAACUGUUUUCCACCCAGGCUUUAGUGGUUCUGUCGGACCUUUUUCAUUAACAAUAUUUAUACACUUACAAAUUCUGAAUCAACUGUAGGUCAAGAAUAUAAAAAAGGUGAACAUAUUUUCUGUUUGUGUUUAAAAAUGACGAAUAAAUGUUAAAAUGUUUAAAUCUGAAAUGUGGAAAC